UUCUCUGACCUUCCAUCUGUUCAUGGAAAAUUCCCAUCAACCAUGCAACAGGAUGGAUUGGGACAAGCUUGGAUACGAUGUGAUUCCAACUGAUUACAUGUACAUGAUGAAAUCCAAUAAAGAUGGGAUCUUUUCAAACGGAGCUCUGGUACCUUUUGGAAACGUUCAGAUUGAACCACAUUCUUGUGUGUUAAAUUAUGGACAGGGAUUAUUUGAGGGCAUGAAGGCAUACAGAAGAGCAGACGGUGGGGUGCAGUUAUUCAGACCAGAACAAAAUGCCCUACGCAUGCAGAGGGGCGCAGAGAGGUUGCUAAUGGCGGCACCUUCUGUUCAACAGUACAUUGAAGCUGUCAAACAAGUUGUUGCCGCAAAUAAGAGUUGGGUAUGCACUGUCAAAUUUCUACAUCACGUAUUAGGGUUCUUGUUCCUUUUUAUUCCUCAUCUUUUGCUGCAGGUUCCUCCUUACGGAAAAGGAGCAUUAUAUAUUAGGCCUUUACUAUUUGGAAGUGGAUCCGUUAUGGGUAUUGCACCUGCACCACAAUGCACCUUCCUCAUUUACACUAACCCAAUUUGCAACGUUUACAAGGGACGAACUUCACCACUGAACUUGUUGAUUGACGAUAGAAUUCCUCGCGCGUUUCCUGGUGGGACUGGAGGAGUGAAGAACAUCGGCAACUAUUCACCUGUUUUCGAAGUGACGAAAGAAGCGAAAGGCAAAGGAUUUUCUGAUGUUCUGUUCCUUGAUGCAAUGGAACGUAAAUACGUGGAGGAGGUGUCUUCGUGCAACGCUUUCAUGGUCAAGGGUAAUGUGAUUACAACUUCACCUACUGUCGGAACCAUUCUUCCUGGAAUCACAAGGAACAGUAUCAUGGAACUUGCUCGUGAUUUCGGUUUCCAGGUGGAGGAACGCAAAUUUUCGGUUGAUGAACUGCUUGAAGCUGAUGAGGUUUUCUGUACUGGAACUGCUGUUGGGGUCUCUGAGGUUGGCAGUGUAACCUACAAGGAUCAAAGGGUGGAAUUCAAAACAGGAAAAAAUACUGUCACCCAGAAAUUGUAUGAUUUCAUUACGGGAAUCCAAACAGGUGUUUUGGAGGAUCAGAAAGGAUGGGUGGUCAAGAUUGACUGAAAUAUUAACCACUGAUAUCAUAUAC